GAGUCUGAGAAGGUUUGAGUACUCUCUAAGAUUUGGAUUGUGAAUAAAGAUUUAUUGCGGGAGCAAUGCAAGUUUCCAUAGCUUGUACAGAACAUAACUUGAAGAAUCGAAAUGGUGAAGACAGGCUUAUCAGCAAACAGAACACCACUACCCCAAACGUAGUGAAUGCAGCCCGGGCAAAAUUCCGGACAGUGGCUAUUAUUGCUCGCAGUCUGGGGACAUUUACCCCUCAGCACCAUAUCUCUUUAAAAGAAUCAACUGCAAAGCAGACUGGCAUGAAAUAUAGAAAUCUUGGGAAAUCUGGACUAAGAGUUUCAUGCCUGGGCCUUGGGACAUGGGUCACAUUUGGAGGUCAAAUUUCAGAUGACGUUGCUGAACAGCUAAUGACAAUCGCUUAUGAGAGUGGAGUAAAUCUGUUUGAUACAGCGGAGGUGUACGCAGCUGGAAAGGCUGAGGUGAUUCUGGGAAGCAUAAUCAAAAAGAAGGGCUGGAGGAGGUCCAGUCUGGUCAUAACAACAAAACUCUACUGGGGUGGAAAAGCUGAAACAGAAAGGGGACUUUCAAGAAAACACAUCAUUGAAGGAUUAAAGGCUUCUCUCCAGAGACUGCAGCUCGAGUAUGUGGAUGUUGUCUUUGCAAAUCGACCAGACAAUAAUACCCCCAUGGAAGAAAUUGUCCGAGCAAUGACACAUGUGAUAAACCAGGGGAUGGCAAUGUACUGGGGAACCUCACGCUGGAGUGCUAUGGAGAUCAUGGAAGCCUAUUCUGUAGCAAGACAGUUUAAUAUGAUUCCACCAGUAUGUGAACAGGCUGAAUAUCAUCUUUUCCAGCGAGAGAAAGUGGAGGUUCAACUGCCAGAAUUGUACCACAAAAUAGGGGUUGGAGCAAUGACAUGGUCUCCACUUGCCUGCGGGAUCAUCUCCGGGAAAUAUGGAAAUGGGGUUCCUGAAAGCUCCAGGGCUUCACUGAAGUGCUACCAGUGGCUAAAGGAAAAAAUUGUAAGUGAAGAAGGAAGAAAACAGCAAAUAAAGCUGAAAGACCUUUCCCCAAUUGCAGAUCGUCUUGGAUGCACACUACCUCAGCUAGCAGUUGCAUGGUGCCUGCGAAAUGAAGGUGUGAGUUCUGUUCUUCUAGGAUCUUCCAAUCCAGAGCAACUGAUAGAAAAUCUUGGAGCCAUUCAGGUUCUUCCAAAGAUGACAUCACACAUUGUAAGUGAAAUAGAUAAUAUUCUAGGGAAUAAGCCCAUCAGCAAGAAGGACUACCGAUCAUAAUGCAAUGCAUGGUUACACAGGACUGCAUGGUUAAAAUAGUGCUCUGUAUAUAGUACAGUACUGAAUUAAUAUCCAGUCAUUAGAAUCAUGCAGCAGCUUGCUGCUUAGUCUCUAUUGUUACUGGAUUUUUCAAGGUGUGUGCUGUUGCUACCAAUCUGCAGUAAAAUUCAAAAGCACAGUUGAUCUCUCAUACAACUGAGAAUAUCUUUGUAUUUUCUUAUCUCUGACUAAAGUCAUUGACUCUUACUUUUCUCUUAGCACCUCAUGCUUAUGCAGUAAAAUACACAUAUCAAGCAAAAAACAAAAUACAAAAACUAUUUAUAUCCUUUAGGUACUUGGUAAUUAAAGAAGGAUGUACAGAUAUAUUUUUUCAAUGAACAAAAACAAAACUUACGGUUUUAGUAAAGACGCAUUCUAAGAAAUUUCAACUAUAAAAAUUCUUCAGCUAGAUCAUAGAAUGAGCGAGUUCAAAAUUUUCAAAUGCAAUUUUUAUAUAGGCUUUAGGCUGUAGCUGAAAAAGGACCUUACAGUAAAAAGUCAGAAAAUUAAUUACUACAUGGUUCAGCUUCUAAAUAGUUCAGUUAAGAAUUUUGCAUAUUGAGUGUGCUCAGCUGUUCAUUAUAUAAUUCAGUUGCUGUAAAAUAUCAGAAAACCAGAUAUUUGUUUUGGUGAAAAGGUUACAUUUGCUCUGACUGUAUCCUGGAAAUCAGCCAUAAGUAGUAUUUUUGACAAGGUAUUUUUAAACAAUGAGUUUUGUGAAAGUGUUUCAUCCUUACACAGGAAACACUGGUACAUUUAUCAGUUAAUCUGCCCAUUUUAAGAACAGCUUCAUAAAUAUAGUAACCUCACUUUGCUUUGUAAAAUGCAUUUACUAUAACUUCAGUAAGUUUAUUUCACACAUGUAUUGCAUACAUAUACACUUCCUAAAGAGUACGGUAAUGUACAGUACAUAUAGGGCCCUUGUAUACCAUGUUUCCUAACUUCAUAACAUAGGAGGGUUGCACACAUUUUCCAGAUGACACAUGAACAGAACAUAGAUACUGAUAUUUUUAAAGUUAAAAUGUUUUUCUUCUAUUUCAUCCAAUGAUCUAUAGUAUGUGUAAAUGAACUUAGCUUCUGUAUAAUAGAACUGCAAUCUAACUUCUGCUUGUACACAAUAAAAGCAUUUUGUGCAUCUAACCUUAUAACUAGAACAUUUAUUACAAUCAGUGAUUUUGUUUUUAGGACAAGAAAAUACCUACAUUACGCUCAGCAGCAAAGUGAAAACAAUUUUGCAAGAUCCAUAAAAAUAUUAAAUUGAGAUUUUUCCAUUGAAAUGAAUGAGAUAUAAAUGAUCUCUUUGGCCCACCAAGAUCUUACUACUUUUUCAGUGAUCAGCCGCCCAAAAGAGGGCACAUGGGGAAGAAAAAAGCCAUUAUUUAUUGUUAGAUGAUGAGGGGGGACAUCCCAUACAGUACGUUUCACCCACAGCUGUUUACUGAUCAGUGCCACAUACUUAAAAUGUUUGAUGCAUAUUUUGUUGAUAAAAGAUAUUUAAAUAAGAAACCAAGAAACUGCACUGAUUUAACUCUUGUGUGAAGUGGAAGGGCUUCAGGAGUUAGAAUACCUUACAAAGGUGAAAAAGUGAAAUGCACUCUUUUGCAGGGUACCAACUGAACUAUUCCUUUAUUUAUGUACCAAUCCCUUUUCUCUUUUAGGACACAUUCCUUAUGUUUUCCCCUCAGUCAUACAGGAAUCCUGCACUCUCUGUGUGUAAGCCAAAAUUAAAAAUUCUUGCCUGUUAUAGAAAUUAAUGUAAUAAAUACUCAUUAAAAAGGGAGAUGGCACUGUCCUUUAUUCAGAGAGAAAACUAAUACGAAGAGUCAAGCGGUUUAAUAAUUUGGCAGAUAGCAAUGGGAUGCCAAGCAACAAACAACUUUUAGGCUAACCUUCAUUCUACUUAUGGAAUUGGGAGCAUCUCUAAACCAGCUGUCGGGGGCCGGCGCAGGUUACAGUAUCACACAAUCUUUGUCACUUUAGACACUCCUACCAUCUCUGUGAUUUAUAGACAUUGAUCUCCUCUAAGGGGAAAAGGAGAGCGAGGGAAACACGUGGUUAUGCAAGCAUGACAGGAUUUGGAGAAAAUGAUGGGGAUUUAAAUUAAGAGUCCAGAAAUGAUUUGGGUUUCAAAUAUUUGUUAAGCUUCUUAUCCUAUAACAUCCUAUAAUUCUCAGGAGAAACUCUGACCUUACAAAGAUGGUCUCCAGGCCUUAGAAACAUAACCAUUCCAAAAAAACUAAACUAAAGAGAAAAAGUUAGUAAAAUAUUCAAUGAGCUGACAGUAACAGCAUUUCAUUGUUGGUAACCUGUCACUUAGAGAAAAAUAUCAGCCACUUCCUAAAAGGCUGAAAAUCUAGGUCCCUCUUCUGCAAAUACAUGUUCUUAACUAUGCAUGUGAGUACUGUAGUCCCAUUUUAAGAGUCAAUGGUACUACUUGUGUGUUGGAUGGAUUAGGGCCCAAAAUGUAUUCUGCCUUGUUCUUCCUUUUUGGUUUCUAUCCUCCCCACAACUCUACCUCAAUGCAGAAGUGGGGGUUUGUUGUUGUUGUUGUUGUUAAAGUAUAAUGAAUCCCAUUGUGCUAGGCCCUGUACAAACGGAGUAAGAGGCAGUCCUUACCUGUGAUGUCAAGCCUACCGUUCUCCAGUGGCCCAGGGCAGAAAAGACCACAAUUCAAGGUGAAAACACCUGAAAGUCUAGAACAAUUUUUUGAAAGACAUCUUUCUGCAGCAGCAGAAAAAAACAAAAACAUACGCAUCCAAACUUUUCCCCCUCUGAAAGUCAUCUUUAAGCUUCUCCAUGUAAAAUACUUAGACAAACCCUGCAUACUCUAAGGCAAGCCAGACCCAAUACCUGCCGCACUCGAACUGCAAACUGGAAGUUCUGCAGAGGCUUUAUUUAAAUAUUAAAAAGGCAGUUAAUCUUCCUUGUAGAUGAAAAUAUAGUAUAGUAUAACAUCUCGUAUUUCAGCAUUGCAUUUAUUUUAACCUGUCCCUAUGUUCAGUUUUUAGGAUGCCACAGAUUUGUAUAGGCAACAUAGCCAUUGUGUUAGCUAUAAGUUUU